AUGAAUUCGGACAAGGACAUACCGAUGAAAACACUUCCAAAGUCUCUUGGGACAAGCACUACAAGUACAGGUAUCUCUGACUCCCAUGCUGAGGCGGUCCUCGACAGACAACUACAUGCACCGGUAUCAGAGAUAGGUUUCUUUGGCAUCUAUCGAUAUGCGAGUGGAGGGGAUAUUGCUAUCCUGUUCGGCAGUGCGCUUGCCGCCAUUGCAGGUGGUGCAGCACUGCCUCUCUUCACUGUAUUAUUUGGCAGGUUGUCGUCGACAUUCCAAGAUGUUGCGACGCAUCAAAUCACCUACGAUCACUUCCAUGAUGAACUGAUCAAGAAUGUUGUUUACUUCAUUUACCUGGGAGCCGCUGAGUUAGUUACAAUCUAUCUGGCAACGGUAGGCUUUAUUUACACCGGCGACCAUGUAGUGCAACAAAUCCGUGUGAAAUACUAUCAGGCUAUCCUGCGACAGAACAUCGCUUUCUUCGAUACUCUUGGUGCCGGAGAAAUUACAACACGAAUCACCGCCGACACGAACCUGAUUCAAGACGGCAUUUCCGAGAAGGUUGGCCUGGCUUUGACCGGACUUUCAACCUUUGUGACGGCCUUUGUUAUUGCCUACAUAAAGAACUGGAAGCUCGCUUUGAUCUGUAGUGCCAGUUUGCUUGCAUUGCUGCUGAUUAUGGGUGGCUGCUCCACCCUAAUGCUGAUCUUCAACAAAAGAGCUUUGGAACACCAAGGCCACGGCGCCAGUAUGGCGGAGGAUAUACUCGACUCGAUCCGGACCGUCGCUGCUUUUAAUGCACAAGUAACACUGACACAGAAAUAUGAAUCGCAUCUCAAGAGCGCCGAGGGGCCAGGAAUGAAGUCCAAGGUCGUUUUCGCUGUCAUGGUUGGGGCAUUGCUGUGCAUCAUGUAUUUGAAUUAUGGGCUCGGGUUCUGGAUGGGAUCUCGCUUCCUCGUCGAAGGGGUUAGUGAUAUCAAGGCCGGGGAUGUCCUGACUAUAAUGAUGGCGAUUAUCCUCGGUUCCUACAAUUUAGGCAAUGUGGCUCCCAAUAUGCAAGCCCUAUCUACCGCGGUGGCAGCGGCCUCAAAGCUAUACAGCACUAUUGACCGCAAGUCCCCCUUGGAUGCAAUGUCCGACCAGGGUAGGACACUGGAUCAUGUCCGAGGGAAUAUUGUACUUCAGAAUAUCCGGCAUGUCUAUCCCUCACGCCCCGAAGUCACUGUUGCCCACGACCUUAGUUGUUACAUCCCCGCUGGUCGGACAACUGCCUUCGUGGGUCCCUCGGGGUCCGGCAAGAGUACCAUCAUCAGCUUGCUGGAGAGGUUCUACGAUCCAGUGGCGGGCAGGAUCAUGCUCGAUGGGGAGGAUAUCGAGACCUUGAACUUGCGAUGGCUGCGACAGCAAAUGUCCCUAGUGUCGCAGGAGCCGAGGUUGUUUGCCACCACGAUUGCAGAGAACAUCCGUUUUGGCAUUAUUGGCUCUAGAUUCGAAACUGAAUCAACGUAUGCGAUUCGCAAGCGAAUUGAGGCCGCAGCGCGAAUGGCAAAUGCACAUGACUUCAUCAUGGCGCUCCCAAAUGGAUAUGAUACUAAUAUCGAGAGCUUCUCGCUAUCGGGUGGACAGAAACAGCGCAUUGCCAUUGCCCGAGCCAUCAUUAAGGACCCCAAGAUCUUGCUAUUAGACGAAGCGACUUCGGCUUUGGACACGAAGUCUGAAAAGCUUGUUCAGGCGGCGCUCGACAAGGCUUCCAAAGGCAGGACGACAAUUGUCAUCGCUCAUCGCCUUUCCACCAUCCAAUCGGCAUAUAACAUAAUCGUCCUUGCCAAUGGCGAGAUCGUUGAGCAAGGUCCGCAUGAACAACUGAUGGAGCGGCGAGGGGUCUAUUAUGGUAUGGUGGAAGCACAGCAAAUCAAGAAGAGGUAUUCGAGGUACUCCAAAAGAUAUUCUCAGUUUGUCAUUAAUCGGGCCUCGAAGAACAUGACAUUCCUGUUCGAUAAGGACUUCGUAGACGAUGAUCUAUCCGAUACUCAAAGCCUCCUAAGUGAUGAUGCAUCCGAUGUUGGAUUAAAUUCAGGAAAGAAACAGCGGCCGUGUUCAACAAUGACAUUGUCUCAUUUAACGCAACCGACAAACGAAGAGGCGUAUUCCUUGUGGACCUUGUUCAAAUUUCUAGCCUCUUUCAACCGUCCAGAGUGGCCCUUUCUUUUGCUAGGCCUCGGCGCAUCAAUACUAGCCGGAGGUGUCCAACCAUCCCAGGCCGUGUUGUUUGCGAAGGCUGUCAGCACUAUCAGCUUACCACCCAUGGAAUAUCCAAAGCUGCGGCAUGAUGCUAACUUCUGGAGUCUGAUGUUCCUAAUGAUUGGCCUCGUGGCACUUGUUCUAUAUAGCUUUCAGGGGACGUUGUUUGCAUAUAGCUCGGAAAAGAUGGUCUACCGCGCCCGCAGCCGCGCAUUCCAAGUGAUACUACACCAGGACAUCUCGUUCUUCGACCAGCCGGAGAACACAACAGGCGCUUUAACAGCCACGCUGAGCGCGGGAACGAAGGAACUAACUGGCAUAAGCGGCAUCACGUUGGGAACCAUCUUAAUUGUCUCCGUCAAUCUCGUGGCGUCAUUGGGAGUAGCACUCGUGAUCGGCUGGAAGCUAGCUCUAGUUUGCAUCGCCGCAGUUCCAGCGCUACUAAUGUGUGGGUUCGUCCGUGUCUGGAUGCUAGAGCGAUUCCAACGAAGGGCUAAAAAGGCAUACCAAGAAUCAGCCAGUUCCGCAUGUGAGGCAGCAUCCGCUAUUCGUACGGUGGUCUCUUUGACAAUGGAGAAGGAGGCAUUGAAGGCCUAUCAAGAACAGCUUCGCAAGCAGCUCAAGAGCGAUAUACUCCCUAUUAUAAAGUCAUCCUUGCUAUACGCCAGUUCUCAGGCGCUACCCUUUUUCUGUAUGGCGCUGGGCUUCUGGUAUGGCGGGUCCCUGCUUGGACGCGGCGAAUAUUCUCUCUUUCAAUUCUACGUUUGCUUCAGCGAAGUGAUUUUCGGAGCGCAGGCUGCGGGAACAGUGUUUUCCCAUGCCCCAGAUAUGGGAAAGGCAAAGCACGCCGCGCGUGAAUUCAAACGGCUAUUCAGCAGCACCACCAUGCAUACUUCACGGAACAAGGGUAUUCCAGUCUCCUCGAUGCGUGGGUUAGUCGAAUUCCGCAAUGUUUCUUUCCGAUAUCCCGCUCGUAUGGGACAGCCAAUUCUUCGCCAAUUAAACCUGACCAUCAAGCCGGGUCAAUUUGUCGCUCUGGUAGGCGCAAGUGGAAGCGGCAAGAGUACCACUAUUGCGUUGCUAGAGAGAUUCUACGACCCCCUUAAAGGCGGUGUUUACGUAGAUGGGAAGAACAUCAUCACUCUGGAAAUGUCUUCCUAUCGCAGCCAUUUGGCUCUCAUUAGCCAAGAGCCGACCUUGUUCCAGGGAACAAUCCGUGAGAACAUCCUCUUAGGGAGCAACACACCGGAUGUGGACGAUGGUGUUCUCAUUCAGGCUUGUAAGGACGCAAACAUCUACAACUUCAUAUUGUCAUUACCACAAGGCUUCAGCACAAUCGUCGGGAAUAAAGGGGGCAUGCUGUCCGGUGGCCAGAAGCAGCGCAUUGCCAUCGCUCGUGCCCUCAUUCGAAACCCCAAGAUCCUUCUGUUGGAUGAGGCCACCUCCGCGCUAGAUUCGGAGUCAGAAAAGGUUGUUCAGGCGGCUUUAGAUGCUGCCGCGCGAGGACGCACAACAAUUGCGGUUGCUCACCGGUUGAGUACCAUCCAGCGAGCAGAUAUAAUCUACGUCCUGGAUUCAGGGGAGGUCGUGGAGUCUGGAACUCACCGGGAACUCCUUCGGCAAAGAGGGCGAUACUACGAACUCGUUCAUUUGCAGAAUGCGGAUGUCAAGGGUGCUUAG